UGAAAAAUAAGAAAAGAGUCCAUACGGUUUAUGCAAUACCCAAUUGUUCUUGGUUGAUUGUGUAUGUUCCGCAGAAAAUGUUUAAUCAUACAUAUGACCUUCCUGAUUUUCACAUUAUUCGUUAUGAAUGUUUCUGUGGUGUAUCUAUGCCUUUCAUUUGUUGAUUUUCGCAUCAUAUGUUCAUUCUCGGAAUGUAUCUAUGGCUGUAAAAGACCAUGUAUCUAUGGAUGCGCUCUAUCAAGGACAAGUGCGGUGAAAUCUCAACCGACAAAAAAACUGAAGCCUUUACAUUGGUCAAAGAUCAAUAAACCAGCACAAGGAAGCAUGUGGGCUGAAUCACAAAAACAUGGUGAAACUUCAAGAGCACCGGAGUUUGAUAUAUCGGGACUUGAGAAUAUCUUAUCAGCAUCCAAUCCAAAUGCAGAUAAGGCAGCUAAUAAACCAGAAAAAAUAUCCCUGAUUGAACACAGGCGUGCAUACAACUGUGAGAUCAUGCUUUCAAAGGUGAAGACGCCAUUGAAUGAAUUGAUGGAUGCUGUCCUUGCUUUAGAUGAAGCAGAGAUGGAUCUUGAAAGAGUGGAUAACCUUAUUAAGUUCUGUCCAACCAAGGAGGAGAUGGAACAAAUUAAGGGAUUUAAAGGAGAUAAGGAGCUUUUGGGCAAAUGUGAACUGUUCUUUAUGGAGCUGAUGAAAGUUCCGCGUUCAGAAGCUAAACUCAGGGUUUUCUCUUAUAAGUUACAGUUUAGUACACAGGUUUCAGAUCUUAGUACGAGCCUAAACUAUGUGUAUUUGUCGGUAGAACAGGUCAGGAGUUCUGUAAAGUUGAGAAGAGUCAUGCAAACGAUUCUCUCACUUGGCAAUGCUUUGAAUCAGGGAACUGCAAGAGGUUCUGCUGUUGGGUUCAGAUUGGAUAGCAUCCUCAAACUUAACGAAACACGAGCGAGAAACAAUAAAAUGACACUGAUGCAUUAUCUUUGUAAGGUGCUUGCAGACAAACUACCGGAACUCCUAGAUUUUUCCAAGGAACUUAGCAGUUUGGAACCUGCAUCAAAGAUACAGCUUAAAUUGUUGGCAGAAGAAAUGCAAAAUAUUACCAAAGGACUUGAGAAAGUAAUCCAUGAAAAGAAACUGUGUAAAAAAGAUGGGCAUGUGUCUGAACGGUUUCUGAAGGUACCCACAUAAUUUAUUUGUUCUAGCAACUGGUACACAUUAUACCUUAUUUAGGAGGAACUUGUUGGUCUCUGAAGAAAUUUCUACGUUCAGCGGAAGCUAGCGUCAAGUGCCUCGCUUCGCAGUAUUCUGGGGUGGUAUGUCUCACAAUUUCUUGUAUAUAUGUAGAGGUGGCAUGAUGAGCGGGCUGGGUGACUGGCGUUUUAGUACCGGUCGAAGAAGGUACCCAAAAAAAAAGUUUUGUCCAAUUUUUUGAAGUCAAACAUUUAAUGGGUUACUUAUGGUUACAAAACAAUUUUACAAGAAUAAUAGUCUAAUCUAACCGAUGACCUAGUGGUAUGGUGGUUGGCCCCAACAAAAGUGGUGCAGGUCAAAUCCUUGCAAGUGUAAGGUUAGGUGGUCUUUAGGUGUAAUAUUUGUGGUUAAUUAAGAUAUAAUAAUAAUCUAACCAAAUCUUAUAAGAGAUGAUUUAGAAGAUUCUAUGCAUUAAACAAAAACUUUUCUACUCAAAUUUCAGCCCUUGUGACUCAUUUAUGUAAAAAAUGAACUUUGGACUACUUUCACUUGACAACUCAAAUCCACCAAUUCAUAAGUAAAUGGAUUCAAAUUGACACCUCUGCCAGAAAAUGUCCAGCUUUGUUGUAAAAUUGCAAUGUUCUCCUAGGGUAGAAGUGUGGACGCUUUAAUUCUUUACUUUGGAGAAGAUCCUGCUAAAUGCCCAUAUGAACAAGUUAUUUCGACGUUGCUUGCAUUUGUGAGAAUGUUUAAUCAUGCCCAUGAAGAAAACCUCCAGCAAAUAGAAGUAGAAAAGAAGGCACAAAAGGAAGCUGAACAUGAAAAGUUAAAACUACAAAAUCAAAUUAAUUGUUAUUUCCUUUUUCCCUCUUCAAUACAUAUGGCCGCAAUAUAAGCAUGUAUUGUAAAUUACACGGUGCCUGUAAUCUAGCCAAUGAGCAUGAAUGUCUGAAGUGUAUAGUUGUAUAAUACCACAAUUUUUGCUGCAACUGAGAGUGCUAGCUGGAGCAACGUUGGACAGAAGUGAAGAAAAAUGUGUUGGAUUAAUCGGUUCGUUUAAAUGGGUCUUUAUUUAGCAAUGGUUUGACGGAGAAAUGGUCUUGUGUUUACCAAGUUUGACGGAAGGAAAAAAAGUGGGCUUGGAGAACAAGUGACUGAAGUUGUUUGCUGAAUAAAACGAGAUACAUAUCACAUACUUACGCGAGUUUGAGGGUGUAGUGUGUGGGACCCGAACCAACAUUUGGUAUCAGAGCCUAGGGCUCGAGAAGAUCGGAGGAAGCCUCCGCCGGCGGCGGGUGUGUCGGUUGGUGGAGGGCAGGCAUAAAAGAAGGGUUCGGGAUCGUUAAACAGCAGAAGACAGAGACCGAGAGGUGGUUCGUGUCAGUCGUUGUCGUGCGGAGAGUACCGGUUGAGAUGACGGGGGUGACCGUGAUGAACAUUCAUGUUCGUGGUUGUUAGCGAUGAUUAGGGCUGUAAACGAAAACGAACGUUCAACGAACAGUUCGUGAACCCUUC